AUGGCCAAAGUAGACACGACCCAGCGGCUGGCGGACCUCCGCAAGCUCAUGAAGGAGCGCAAUGUCGACAUUUACAUGGUACCGUCUGAGGACAGCCACCAGAGCGAGUAUAUCGCGCCAUGUGACGCACGACGAGCAUACAUCAGUGGCUUCACCGGCUCUGCUGGAUAUGCAGUCAUUACGCACGAGAAAGCCGCCCUCUCCACCGACGGACGCUACUUCAACCAGGCCGAGAAGCAGCUGGACAGCAAUUGGGAGCUCCUGAAGCAAGGCAUACAGGAUGUACCUACCAUCCAAGAGUGGACCGCAGAUCAGGCCGAAGGGGGCAAAGUAGUCGGUGUAGAUCCGAGCGUAGUCACUGCAGCAGACGCUCGCAAACUUGCUGAGAAGAUCAAGAAGAAGGGCGGCGAGUACAAAGCCAUCGACGACAACCUGGUAGACUUGGUGUGGGGGGACCAAAGACCAGCACGACCGAGCGAGAAGGUUAUCACUCAGCCUGAAAAGUACUCUGGCAAGAGCUUCGAAGACAAGAUUGAGGAUCUGCGCAAGGAGCUGGAGAAGAAGAAGAGUCUGGGCUUCGUCGUAUCUAUGCUGGACGAAGUCGCCUGGCUCUUCAACCUCCGCGGCAGCGACAUCCCAUACAACCCAGUCUUCUUCUCCUACGCCGUCGUUACGUCCACCGCAGCUACCCUUUACGUCGACGAGAGCAAGCUACCCGAAGAUGUCAAAAAGCACUUGGGCGAUAAGGUCACGAUCCGACCAUACGAGGCUAUCUUUGGAGACGUUACAGCGCUGAGCCAGGAGCUGUUUGAGGCGAGCGACAAGUCAAAUGCACAAAAGAAAUUCCUGACUUCAAACCGGGCAUCAUGGGCUCUUAACAAGGCUCUUGGUGGUGACGAAAAGGUCGAAGAAACCCGGAGCCCGGUCGGAGACGCAAAAGCGGUCAAGAACGAGGUCGAACUAGAAGGCAUGCGACAAUGCCAUAUCCGUGAUGGAGCUGCAUUGAGCGAGUACUUUGCUUGGCUGGAAGAUCAGCUCAUCAACAAGAAGGCCACGCUGGAUGAGGUUGACGGUGCUGAUAAGCUGGAGGAGAUCCGCAAGAAGCACGACAUGUUCAUGGGUCUCUCUUUUGAUACCAUUUCGUCAACCGGUCCGAACGCAGCUGUUAUCCACUACAAGCCAGAGAAGGGUGAGUGCGCCAUCAUCGACCCUAAGGCUAUCUACCUAUGCGAUUCUGGCGCGCAAUACCGGGACGGCACCACUGACACGACACGGACCCUACACUUCACUGAGCCUACCGAGAUGGAACGUAAAGCAUACACGCUCGUGCUCAAAGGCAACAUGGCUCUCGAGCGUGUCAAGUUUCCCAAAGGCACAACCGGUUUCGCGUUGGAUGCAUUGGCUCGUCAGUUCUUGUGGGCGGAGGGUCUCGACUAUCGUCACGGCACUGGACACGGUGUAGGAUCCUUCCUCAACGUACACGAAGGCCCAAUCGGCAUCGGAACCAGGGUGCAAUACUCCGAAGUCUCGUUAGCUGUAGGCAAUGUGGUCUCCGAUGAGCCUGGUUACUAUGAAGAUGGCAAGUUCGGCAUCCGCAUUGAGAACAUGGUCAUGGUCCGAGAAGUCGAGACGAAGCACAAGUUCGGUGAUAAGCCAUAUCUGGGUUUUGAGCAUGUAACGAUGACUCCACACUGCAGGAACCUUGUCGAUAUGAGCCUGCUUACAGAAGACGAGAAGACUUUCAUCAACGAAUACCACGAGGAGGUCUACGAGAAGACGAGCAAGUUCUUCGAGAAUGACUCUUUGACACUGGAGUGGUUGAAGCGCGAGACAGCGCCCUACUAG